AUGCAGAAUAUGUUUGUGUUACUAGUCAACAUGCAGAAGAUGUUUGUGUUACUAGUCAACAUGCAGAAGAUGUUUGUGUUACUAGUCAACAUGCAGAAGAUGUUUGUGAGCCCUGACCAGCCCAUCCAGCCUCACAGGAGCCCUGACCAGCCCAUCCAGCCUCACAGGAGCCCUGACCAGCCCAUCCAGCCUCACAGGAGCCCUGACCAGCCCAUCCAGCCUCACAGGAGCCCUGACCAGCCCAUCCAGCCUCACAGGAGCCCUGACCAGCCCAUCCAGCCUCACAGGAGCCCUGACCAGCCCAUCCAGCCUCACAGGAGCCCUGACCAGCCCAUCCAGCCUCACAGGAGCCCUGACCAGCCCAUCCAGCCUCACAGGAACCCUGACCAGCCCAGCCAGCCUCACAGGAGCCCUGACAAGCCCAGCCAGCCUCACAGGAGCCCUGACCAGCGCAGCCAGCCUCACAGGAGCCCGGACCAGCCCAACCAGCCUCACAGGAGCCCUGACCAGCCCAACCAGCCUCACAGGAGCCCUGACCAGCCCAUCCAGCCUCACAGGAGCCCUGACCAGCCCAGCCAGCCUCACAGGAGCCCUGACCAGCCCAGCCAGCCUCACAGGAGCCCUGACCAGCCCAGCCAGCCUCACAGGAACAGAGUGUACCUUGAGAUUCCUGCUCACUGGGUGCAAGGUUUUCGCCAGCUCACCACUAACAGCAAGAGAUGGGAGCCUGAGUUGCCUAUGUGGGUAGAUUAUGGACAGUGUCCCAUCCUGCUGAGGUCUCUGAGGCUCUGA